AUGGAUCCCUUGGAGAGCAUGUCAACUGGAGGGCCGCUGCCCAAGGACUUCAACGCCGACGAUGCGAGCAACAUGGAGGAUAUGGAGAAGCAGUUUGCCGUCAAAGUCGUGCAGCACAUGGCAACCUACUGGGCCAUUCUCGAAAAGGUCAAGGGCUCCGGCCUGCGACUGACCAAGAUCGACGACGAAAUCUACGACCACCUCAAGGAGGCCUUCCCCGAGUUCGACCCCGCGGCCACGAUCGACGAGGACCAGAUGAAGAGCAAGACGGGCAAGGAGAGGUGGCGCGCCUUCAUGAUGAAGUACGAGAAGAAGGUGGACGACUACAACUUUGGCACCAUGGUGCGGAACAACGCCAAGGGCGAGUACGAGCAGGACACGACCAUUUUCGUCCCCAGGAUGCAGUUUUACGCCAUUGAGAUUGCCCGAAACCGAAGCGGCCUCAACGACUGGAUAUACGAAAAGGCUCAGGAAGAGAAGAAUAGCUCCAAAUAA